AUGACAGCUACUCAGAAACACAACCUCUUCACUCCAGAACCCCACUACAUCCCUGGCUAUGCCGGUUUCUAUCCUCAACUGCGCUACCAGGUGGGAAACACCUAUGGCCGCACUACUGCACAGUUGCUCACAGAUCCCAGUGUACAGAAGAGCCCCUGCUCUGUUCUGUCACCUAUGUCCAAGCCCAAGUUCAUUGAGGACUUCAGCAAAUCCAAGCCACCAUGGAUGCCCUGCAGGGACCUGACAGAGCCUUACAUCCCCCACUAUACCAAUCUGAAACCCUACAAGAAUUUCGAGAUCCUGGGCAAGCUCCCACGCCAGGAGGUGGACACCCAGGGGAUGCCACAGGGAGAGAACAUAUCCAGACAUGUUCCACUACCUGCGGGCUUCAUGCCUUAUCCCCCCUACCCACCAUGCCCUCCAGGCAGAAAGGGGGAAGCUAGAGGCCUGGGCCAUCCAGGUCUGCUGCUGGCAUAUGGGGAAGAGGCUUGGAAGAAUGCAGCACCUCUUCAGGAGACCCCAGGGAGGUACCAGCAGCUAUACCACUGCAGGAGGGACGAGUACCUGCCUCCACAUCCCCCACAGGAGACACUAGAUGUGGGCAGAUACCAGCGACUGCCCCAGCUAGACCACCCCAACCUAAUCCAACGCAAGGCCAUCUCAGGUUAUGCUGGCUUUGUUCCCCGGUUUGCCUGGGUAAUGGGGAUGAAUUAUCGUGAUGGAGUCAUACAAGCGAUGGAUGACUUUGACAAGAACCAGUUUGUGUUCAAGCAUCCAGUCUGUUCGCUGGGUGAAAGGCUGCCCAAGACCCACUGGCCAACCACCACCAUCUACAGAAGCCAAGGCCUCAUUCCUUUCUACAUGGGCUUCAUCCCAUCCAUGCAGGACAACUAUGCAAUGACCUUCGGUAACAGCACCCGGAGAGCCUAUCAGAAGGAACUGGAGAGGCGCAGCCAGACACUAUGAAUUGCUUUAAUGGUGGUAUCUGUACAAGUGAUGUCAGGACACAGGACAGCAAAUGCACAGUGGACAUGGCUAGCAGACAAGCUGUGAAUGAAUAAAGAGUUCACACUGCUCCCAUGCUGUAGUGACUAAGACAGCUCUAAGCCACCUCCUCCUCAGCCUCCUCCUCAAACUCUCCCUCCUCCUCAGCUGUAGCAUCCUGGUACUGCUGGUACUCGGACACCAGGUCAUUCAUGUUGCUCUCAGCCUCGGUGAACUCCAUCUCAUCCAUGCCCUCGCCCGUGUACCAGUGUAGGAAGGCCUUGCGUCGGAACAUGGCUGUGAACUGCUCUGAGAUGCGUUUGAACAGCUCCUGAAUAGCCGUGCUGUUGCCAAUGAAGGUGGCGGACAUUUUUAGGCCCCGAGGUGGAAUGUCACAGACAGCUGUUUUCACGUUGUUGGGGAUCCACUCAACAAAGUAGCUGCUGUUCUUGUUUUGGACAUUAAGCAUCUGUUCGUCCACCUCCUUCAUAGACAUGCGGCCCCUGAACACGGCAGCCACUGUCAAGUAGCGCCCAUGGCGGGGAUCACAGGCAGCCAUCAUGUUCUUGGCAUCAAACAUCUGCUGGGUGAGCUCAGGAACUGUCAGGGCUCGGUACUGCUGGCUUCCCCGGCUGGUCAAGGGGGCAAAGCCAGGCAUGAAGAAGUGCAGGCGAGGGAAGGGCACCAUAUUUACAGCCAGUUUCCGCAGGUCAGCAUUUAGCUGGCCAGGGAAUCGUAGGCAAGUGGUUACCCCACUCAUGGUGGCGGACACUAGAUGGUUCAGGUCACCAUAAGUGGGUGUGGUCAGCUUUAGGGUUCUGAAGCAGAUGUCAUAGAGUGCUUCAUUAUCAAUACAAUAGGUCUCAUCUGUGUUUUCAACAAGCUGGUGGACUGAAAGGGUGGCAUUGUAGGGCUCAACCACUGUGUCCGACACCUUGGGGGAAGGGACCACACUGAAGGUGUUCAUGAUUCUGUCUGGGUACUCCUCCCGGAUCUUGCUGAUAAGGAGGGUACCCAUCCCAGACCCAGUCCCCCCACCCAGGGAGUGGGUCAGCUGGAAGCCUUGCAGGCAGUCACAGCUCUCAGCUUCCUUCCUCACAACGUCCAACACCGAGUCAACCAGCUCUGCACCUUCUGUGUAGUGCCCCUUGGCCCAGUUGUUCCCAGCCCCACUCUGACC